UAGUCUUGACUUGAACCAUUCCUCUUCAAGUCAAAUUCCCCGUUCCUUAUCUUCUAAAAUUUGAGUUCAGUUGAGCUGAAAUUUGGAGGGGAUAUCCCUCUCUUGCUCUAUCUCAUACCUACCGGUCUUGAUCUUUAAACAAGCUUACUGAAUUGGAGAUCUGCAGAGUCCACAAAACCUGCAACUUGACAAUAACCGACGGAUCAGAUCUUCAAGUUAUAUAGGUUGAAGAGAUGGACGAUGGAGAGGCUAUGCGCAUCUUUGAUAUGGAAGAGAUUGUUGGUAAAGACUUAGUUAUUGAAGACCCAAUAACUUCUUCUAGCCAUGCUAAAAAGAAACCUAAAAAAAGAGGGAAAGAAAAGGAACAGAAAAGUUCUGAAGCUCACGAGGUGGAAUUAUUAAUAAAGCGAAAACGAGAAAAGGUGCCUUCCUCGCCAUCGGAUUACACCAUAUACCGAGUACCUAAGGCAUUGUUCCAAGAAAAGUCAGAAGCCUACGUACCUCACAGGGUUUCCAUUGGCCCUAUCUACCAUGGUUAUUCUGAACACUUAAAAGACAUGGAAGCACAUAAGAUGCAGUACUUGGAAAAGUUUCUGAACCGAAAAUCUGGAGCAGCCACAAACUUGUGUGAUUACAUUAAAGCCGUGAGAGAAUUGGAAGGAAGAGCUUACCAAUGUUAUCCAGAUUUGAAAAUUGAUAGAAACAGCUUUGUCACGAUGAUGGUGGUGGAUGGUUUUUUCAUACUUGAGCUACUACUACAACAAAUGGAAGACCGCCAAACUUUAUCGGAGCAGAAGUGGAGUGUUGGAUUUUUUCAGGACCUGAUUAUGCUUGAAAAUCAGCUUCCAAUCUUUGUUCUUGAGGCAUUAUAUAAGGUCUUCAUUAAUGGGGAUGAUGUUGAUGAUGAUAAUACAUGGACCCUCUAUGGUCUUAUGUGUAACCACUUUGUACCUGAAAUUUUGAUCAUGCUAAGCAAGGAAGACAAAAUCAAUUGCCCCUCUCAUGAGAUUCAGAAAUUAAAACCACCAGAAGCAGCUGCGGAAAAACCAAAGAAUUUGCUUGAUUUUGUACGCCAAUUUCUCAUCCAACCACUUCCAAUCUUUUGUAUACAGCCGCCACCGCCGCCGCGGGAUCAGAAGUGUUUUUCAGAUUUGGUACCAGCUGCAUGCACCCAUGUCCGGUUGUGCGGGUUGUGCCUAGGGAGUCAGGAUCCUAUAGAUGAGGAAGAUUAUCCUUUACUGAUACCCGAUAAGAAGAUAGAACAUAUCCGGUGUGCGACGGAGCUGCAGAAGGCCGGUGUCAAUUUCGAGAAGACGAAGAAACUGACAAGCUUGCGGGACAUAAAAUUCAAAAACGGAGUUUUGACAAUCCCAUGUAUAACAAUUCACUAUGGAACAGACGGUAUCCUCCGAAACCUUAUCGCCUACGAACAAUAUAUUGAAGAGUUUGGUUAUAUUACAGAGUAUGUAGCUUUCAUGGAUGGCCUUAUCGAUUCUCCCCAGGAUGUGGAAUUGCUGCAAAAGACUGGAAUCAUUGUGACCUUGUUCGGCGACCCAACUGAUGUGGCUCGAUUAUUUAACAAUCUUCUCAAAGAUGUUACGGUACCUUUUUAUUUUACCGUCAAUGUCCGCCAUAAAGUGGAAAAGUAUUACAAUAUGAGAUGUCACAAAUGGAAGGCAGGCCUGAUGAUUAACUAUUUCAAUUCUCCAUGGUCCUUCAUAUCAGUUGUUGCGGCUAUUAUUCUCAUCGCCUUCACCAUUAUACAGACCAUUUAUGCUGUUUUAGCUUAUCAUCAUCAUUAGAUGGAUAGAUUUAGAUUUUCCCUUGUUUAAUUACAUUAUUUAUGUUGUUGAAUUCUAGCUCUUGUGUGUGUGUAUAUAUAUAUAUAUUUAAUUAUAACUACUUUAAAUUUGUCUCCUGCUUAUCAUGGAUUGUCGUCAGAUCUUAAUUCUCAGUUGAUUUCAUUACUUGUUA